CAUUCGUUCAACAUGGGGAAAACACGUGGUAUGGGAGCUGGCCGAAAACUGAAGACCCAUAGAAGAAACCAGAGGUGGGCAGACAAAUCAUACAAGAAAAGUCACCUUGGAAAUGAAUGGAAGAAGCCGUUUGCUGGAUCUUCUCAUGCAAAGGGCAUUGUGUUAGAAAAAAUUGGCAUUGAAGCAAAACAGCCCAACUCUGCUAUCAGAAAAUGCGCUAGGGUUCAAUUGAUCAAGAAUGGGAAAAAGAUUGCAGCCUUUGUUCCAAAUGAUGGUUGUUUGAACUACAUCGAGGAAAAUGAUGAAGUGUUGAUUGCUGGAUUUGGUCGCAAGGGGCAUGCGGUGGGAGAUAUUCCUGGAGUUCGGUUCAAGGUUGUGAAGGUUGCUGGUGUGUCCCUCCUUGCUCUUUUCAAGGAGAAGAAGGAAAAGCCCAGAUCUUAA